ACCAAAUUAGCAUAAAAAAAAGUUAAAAACACAAAUAUGGAAGAAUUGGUCACAGGAUUUCGAUUUUUCCCAACGGAAGAAGAGCUCAUCUCAUUCUAUCUUCACCACAAGCUCGAAGUAGAAGAUGAUAAAACCAGCAACAUUCACCGCGUCAUACCAAUCCUCGACAUCUACCGCCUUGAUCCGUGGCAACUCCCAUCACAUUGCGGGGAGCUAUGCCACGGUGACAUGGAGCAGUGGUUCUUCUUCAUGCCACGUCAGGAGAGGGAGGUGCUCGGGGGGCGUCCGGGCCGCACCACCGCCUCCGGCUACUGGAAAGCAACGGGGUCCCCGAGCCAUGUGUACUCGUCGGAGAACAAGGUGAUCGGCGUGAAGAAGAGCAUGGUGUUCUACAAGGGGAAGGCGCCCACCGGAAGAAAGACUAAGUGGAAAAUGAAUGAAUAUAGAGCUAUUAAAGAAGAUCUCACUACUUCCAUGCCCACGUUGAGGCACGAAAUGUGUUUGUGUCGGGUUUACGUUGUAUCAGGGAGCUCGAGGGCGUUUGAUCGCCGGCCUACUAGUGUGGCCGCUGUGGAGAUGAGUUGAGGUUUAAUGAAAUGGAGUAUAGAUUGAAGUGUUUAGUGAUAUAAAUUGGUUUGACUAAACCCUGCUAUGGUAUUAAUGGAUUGUUGGAAUAAGAUUACAAUGUAGUAGUAAUUGUCAGUUUAUUCAGCAUUUCUCAUUACAAUGUCAAUAAGUAAUUGGCUUUAUCGGUCAACACUAA